AACUGAUCUCGCCUAACUGUCAGUUUUCGGUUUAUAGUCGACUCGUGCGGUUUUGCUGCGGUGAAAUUGUCUUCUGUCCGCCCAUUUCUCACAUUGUCACGCGGCUGGUUGUUAACGAAAACUAUAAUUAAUUAUUUCAAAUUAAUGUGAAGUCGCUGAGCAAAGUUCGGUAGUGAAAUUGUCGUCGAUGAUUGCAUAAAUCAAAGAAAACCCAGUGCAAAGUGUGAUCGGAAAGUUACGAGCUUUUUCAAUAAAUGAAAGGCGCCAAGGCAACUCGAACUCAAUAUGAAAGGAGCAAGAGUAAGAGCAACAAACGCUCGGAAAAGUCGGCCAAAUUGGACAGAAAGUCAUCGCGGGGCAUGAUAUACGAAAAUGAGGAGCUCAGGCUGCGCACCAUUAACAUUAAUGCAGAAGUGGAACGAGGGCAAUCGGACAUUAAGCGCCUGCGGCGAGAGAAUGAGCAACUGCGUCGGGAAAUCUGGACUUUGCGGGACGAGUGCGAUAGGCUCAACAAACGCUUCAAGGCGAAGCUCAGCGAACACGAGUUUGGGGGAUGCAGGGGCAGCGGAGGCAGUGGUGGUACCUGUCACGCUUAUCGAUGCAGUGGCGGAGGGCGUGGCAGCGGAGGUUGUGAUGCAAACAGUGAUGACUCUGACUCAUGUGAUACGUGUCGCGGGGCAGACGAUGGCCAAUGCAGCGACGAGUGUUGCCAGGAGGGUGGAUCCUGUGCGCCGCUGAAGCCUCCGCUGCCACCGGAGGUGCCCAGCCAUCCGUCUCCAUCUAACAACGAAGAGAACGGCUCUGGCACCCAGAACAAGGAGCCGCAGCCCAUGCACUUCGAUCAUCUGUCGGUGGUCUCCGAGGAGACUCUCAGUAAUCCAGAGCUUAUGCUCGCCCAGCAGCAGGAGCACCUAACCAUCUGCCCGCCAGAUUCCCAUGGAUCACAAAGCACGCUGCCGAGCUUGAUGGGACCACUUACCCCGCUGACGCCCAUUGAACUGGUGGCUAACCAGCUGAAUGAUCUCCAGGCGAUGGUGCCACCGCUGUCUUAUUUUGAGAACAUCCUGGCUCAACAUAUGGGGGCCCGUAAUGCAGCCCAAACGCCUUCCCCGGAGUUGGGAACCAGUUCUAGCACCACCACCGGCAAGACUAUGCGGCACACGAAUGGAUGGGACUACAACCUACAGUCGCCCUUCACGCAGCGCAAGUACUCCGAGGUGACAUCACCGCCCCGCUCUCCACCGCCGCCUGUGAGUACGAUGACCACGUUUGUGCCCACGUCCACGCUGCAGACGAUGCCCAAGAUCGCACUGAAUGCGCCACCGCAUCUGCCAGAGGGUGGCGACAUCGAAACGGUGGCCAUUACCACGAAUGCCACGCAACAUGCGCUCAACAGUCCGAAGCACUUCUUUGCGCCGAUCAAGCCGCGUUUGAAGCUCAACACCAAGUUGGCCAAUCAGGGACAGGACCUGGAACAGGAUGACCUGCCGCCAGGAUCUCCGCCGCCUCCCAUACGAGAUCCACCAGACAUUUUCGUCAAUAACGCCCUGGCCUCGCCCUAUCAGCGGCGAGUCUCCCCACAACAGCAGACGGAUUCAGUUAACUUGGAGUCGAUAUUGAACGACAUCGAGACCAUUUCGGAGGACAUACUGGCCAUUCAGCUGGAGAAAAGCAAGUCGCGCGACAACCUUAACCACAAUAACAAUAAGGACGACGAUCGGGUGAAGAAACCCUAUCGCUCCGAGAUGAAUCUGUAUUUGCAGUAUGACGGCACAAAUCCGACCAUUUCACCAGCCACAACGGAAGGGGCUACACCGGCGGUGACCACGUCCAGUGAGUCGGGAAACAGUGGGAGCGGUAAAUUAGUGCGUCGCACCCGAUCCCUAGAGAGGGAGCAUACAGACAGUCCUGCACCGCACAUUCCGGAUCCCAUGGCACCGUUUCCCGACAAGUGCACCUAUCUGGGAUUCGAACAGGUGAAUCAGGCAGCCGGUGUAGCGGGAUUGCCUCCUCAGUCACCGAAUGGCCAGAGGCCCCCCAUUGCGGCCAAGCCGAAUGUUCCACUUAAGCCACCGCCACCGCUGCCACCUGCCCGCAGGCCCACCAUGCCGACAGAGCCACCGCCCCCGCCACCCACCACUUCCACUUCCGGAGUCAUUGGCCUGCCGCCCAAUAAGAGCCACCUGUACAAGUCACUCGCCUCGGCGGCGGCCAAGAGAGCCAUCUUCCGCUCAUCGCCAUCGCAGUUAACCAGAUCCCUGGAUGUGGAUCUCACGGGGACGGAGGGGGAAGCGGGCACGGAACAGGGAGCUGCUGGAAAUUUGGAUGAAUUGACGAGACGAAAGGCGCGACGCGUGUCCAUCGUCUGCGCAUCUGGUCAGGUGACACAGCAAGAUGACGUGGCCACGCCUGUGACCACAGUGCCCAUGGCUACCGCCAGUUGCGUAGAUCUGAGCACCGUGCUCACCCAUCCGACCAUCAAGGCUUUCAAGAUGAGUCACAGCACUCCCAAUUCGCCGCAUUCCUCGCGUCGUCGCACCAACAGCAACUCGAUGGGACCUCCACCGGGACUGCCGGUAAAUGGUGGACACCCCGAGCUCGGGGCCACUGCGUCGGCACCGCCCAGCACCACCCACCAUCACCACCAUCGCAAGGAGGGCAGUGAUCCAGUUCCCAUGACAGCCACUGUCAGUCGGACCAAGUGUUCCAGGCGGCAUUCUGAGGGCACAGUUCACACCGUCCAUCGAAAUAGCUCCGCCAGCGGAGGAGGAGGUCACCACCAUCACAGCCAUAGCCAUCAUCAUCCGCAUAGCGGAAUGGUGAUCAGUAGCAACCCGCACCACAGCCACCAUUCCCAUCAGGACAGCAACCACGAAACGGUCACCUCGCUGUCCGAUCGUAACUCCAACAGCUUCGCCUCCUCCCGCGAGUCCUCCACGAGCUUCAGCAUGCGCUCCAAUCGCCGAAAGAUUUCGGUUAGUUCGCACACGGGUGGAAAGAUUCCGUGGUGCGGCUGCUGGGGCAAUGGCUGCCUCUAGAUUGAGGGUUCUUCAUUUACCGUCCAGGAACAAAACUCAGUGAAUUCACUUGGCUGGCAGUUCUUAAUUCUUAAGAGAUUCAAAACCCCUUCUUAAUUAAUUAAAAAUAAAUAUGCAUUUAGUUUCAUUGAUUUAAUUUUAAACAUUUAGUUUUUCCAAGAUUGUUGAAUUACAAAUUAUAUUUAAAUGGAUAUUUAAAAGAAUGUUAAUGAUUAGUACACAAAAGAAGCCAAAGGUAUUAAGUUUUGAAUUUUAUAAUUAUUCUGCACAUUAACAGGUUAAUUUCAUAAGAAAUCCAUAGUUCGAAGACCAAGAAUUCGACUGCAGCUAAGUGAAUUACCCUGUAUUCCAUUAUUGAGUGUACAUUUCUAGAUCUUCGCAUAACCAAUUUACGUGUUUGUAUAUGACUUAGUGUAGAUUGUUUAAGGAAAGCGACCCAGCAUUUUGUUUCUAGAAACAAAGUACAAAAAUACCUUUGAAAUUUAACCAACUUGAAUCGAAAUUAACCCCGAACUUUGUUGUAAAUAUUUUGAUAGACGCGAUUAAGUUGUAGCAUUUAAAUGUUGGUCUCGAAAAGGAAGUCAUGUGAAUUCUACAAAAACAAACCUAUGUUAUAAUUGUUGCUGAAUUCGGAGAGAAUACAAAUCAGAAAUAUAAAA